AUGUUGGACGAGAACUUACCAACCUUCUACAUCAAAGCUGCGACUUCAGAUAAUCCACUAUCAAGUACCAUAUACCUUACUCAAAAUGCCUCAGAGCUCAAUCCAGAGUAUUCUCUGCGCCGACCGGACCCCUCGACUCCCGCCUCGAAGAACUGCUAUGCGGUAGCGCUCUACGAUUCAUAUAGUCCGGACGUGUUAUAUGCGGAGGUAUUGGUGCAGCCAGAAUGGACGCAACCUACAUUAUCGCAGGCGGAGAUUCGAGCGCAGAAUGGCAUUCCACCUCCUCCUGUACCUAUUGUGCCGAAUAAGUUUACUAUUCAACUUUAUAAUCCGGAUCAACAGGUCACUGUGCGGCAGAUAGAAGGGAAAUGGAAUAGUAGCUCGUAUUGGGAGUUUGAAAUGCCACAGAAUACCUUUCGGAGACCUUCUGGGUCGACGCUGGAUCGUACGCAGGAUGAUCCUGCUGCUUCGGAUAUUACGCCGAAGAUUGGGUUCAAAUGGAAGAGAGAUGGGAAACUAUCCAAGGAUAUUUCAUGUUAUCUAUCUGGGAAAGUAAUGCCAGAAGGGAAAAAGAACAAAGAGCCAGAUAUCAUAAUCGCCAUGUACAAGACCGGCAAGGAUCAAAACUCAUUGACCCUAUACGAACCCAACAUGCACCGAGUCGACGUAGAAGAUUUCAAGGGACUAGAGGUCGUACUGAUGUUAAGCUCCGCAGUAAUCAAAGAUGUCUUCUUCAACCCCAGCCGCGAAAUGUUCAACAUAAGCUCCCCGCCCUCAACGACGCAAAAGCGCAAAAACAGCGGCCCAGUCAUCGGUGGUCGUAAAUCCAGCGGCUCAGGCGCAAUCAUGACAGGUGCCCUCUCUCAAAGCCCCGUUCAAAAUAUCCCACAAUCACAAAUCCCACCUCCGCAACCAUACCGCCAACCCCAACCACAACAAAAACAGCAACAAGCCCCGCCCGCUGUAAAUCCUCGCACACAAUGGGAAAUCGACGCCGAAACGGCCCGUCUAAAAGCCAUGGUCGAAGCAGAAGAAAAAGAACGAGAACGUCAGGAACGCGCGGAGCAGAAACGGAUCAAGAAGAUGCUGGAGGCGGAAGAAAAGGAACGACUGAGACGAGAAGCGGAGGUUGCGAAGGAAACGGAGAGAUUGAGGAAGCAGUAUGGCGUUCCUGCUAUGCCGCCGCCGAGGGUACAGUUCCAGCCUAGUUUACCUGUGAGACCGCAGGCGCAACUACCGAAUGGACAGUAUGCGCAGCAGCCGAAUGGGCAGUUUCAUCAACAGCCUCCUCCCCAACAGGGACCGCAGAGACCGAUGAGUUCGAGUUCGGUGAGUAGACCUACGCAACAGCAACCACAUGCGUCGCUGGGGACGUGGUUGGGCAGGACGGAUCAGCAGCAGACGCCGUAUCUUCAGGCGCCGGGGCAGGGAACGGCUAGUUCGAGUGGGUUUUUUGGGUUAGGUGGGGGGAAGAAGGUGCAGAAGAAGAGGAGUGUGUUUUUUUAA